UUCUCCAGAAGAGUUAUCCUGGAAGAAUGUCAUCAACAACAGGCCUUGGAAUUUUCAGUUCGGAGAGGCCUGGGCUUGUGGUGUCAAGUCAGACAAGAAGCAAGACAGCCAGGAGAGUCCUUCCAGGAAAUUAGCAGUCACCCCCAGGAAGGCCAUAAGCAGAGGAAGAGGCCAGCAAUGUAAUAAAUUUGGAAGAAGCUUCAAUCGAGGGUCAGGCCUUUCUCUCCAAGAAAGCAGUCCUAUAGGUGACAGUCAUGAUGGAAGUGAUACACAUGGCCGGAUCUUCCCACCAUAUUCAGACCUAACUCAGUAUACUAAAGGGACCUUGAAGAAAGAACAUGCCAGGUAUGGUGAACAUGGGGAACACUUUGAUUAUCAGCCAGAUCAUACUAAAUAUUAUGGCAAGCAUACAGAAAUGAAAGCAUAUGAAAAUACUCAAUGUGAGAUAGCCUUCAGUUGGGGCACAACCCUUACUGGACACCCCCAACUUCAUACUGGCCACAACUCUUAUGAAGAUAGCCAAUGUGGGAAGACCUUCAGCCAGAAUGCAGAGUUUAUUUAUCAUCAGAAAAUGCACAAGGAAGAUAAACAAUAUGCGGGUAAUGAAUAUGGAAAAGCCUCCAUAGAUCAUUUAUCACUUACCACCCCUCAGAAAAUUCAUGUCAGAGAGAAACCUUAUGAAUGUAAUGAAUGUGGGAAAGCCUUUAGCCAGAGCUCAGAACUUAUUAGACAUCAAAAAAUUCAUACUGGAGAGAAACCUUAUGAAUGUACUGAGUGUGGGAAAGCCUUCGUCUGGAACUCAGAACUUAUUAGACAUCAAAUAAUUCACACUGGAGAGAAGCCUUAUGUAUGUAAUGAAUGUGGGAAGGCUUUCACCCAGAGUUCAUCUCUUACUUUACAUCAGAGGAUUCAUACUGGAGAGAAGCCUUAUAAAUGUGACGAAUGUGGGAAGGCUUUCACCCGUAGUUCAUCUCUUACUGUACAUCACAGUACUCACACUAGAGAGAAACCUUAUGAGUGUAAUCAGUGUGGGAAGACUUUUAGCUGGAACUCAGAACUGCUUAGACACCAAAUAAUUCAUACUGGAGAGAAGCCUUAUAAAUGUGACGAAUGUGGAAAAGCCUUCACCCAGAACUCAUCCCUUGUUUUACAUAAACGAAUUCAUAGCAGAGAAAAACCUCAUGAAUGUAAUGAAUGUGGUAAAGCCUUCAUCCAACACACAGCCCUUAUUUGCCAUCGGAGAAUCCACACAGGAGAGAAGCCUUAUAAAUGUAAUGAAUGUUGGAAGGCUUUCAGUCAGAGUGGACACCUUACUGACCAUCAGAGAAUUCACACUGGUGAGAAAGCUUAUGAAUGCAAUGAAUUUGGAAAGGUCUUCAGUCAGGACAAAGAAAUUAUUAACCAUCAGAAAAUCCAUCCUGGAGAGACAUUUUUAUACAUGUAAUGAAUAUGGGAAGGCCUUCACCAGGGGCUCCUUUCUUAUAGUUCUUCUGAUAAUUCAAAGCAGAUAAGAACUUUGUAAGUGUAAUUAGCAUGGGCAGGCCUUAGAGGGAGCAGAGACCUUAUCAGAUAUCUAUCUGUUCAGAAUGGAAUGAAGCCUUGUAAAUGUAAUGAAUGUGGGAAGGCCUUCUCCCAUACUGGACAUCAGAGAAGUCAUACUAGAGAGAAACCUUAUGAAUAGGAUUAAUAUGGGAAGGCCUGUACCAAGGGCUCAGUAUUUGUUGGAAAUGAGAAAAUUUCCUCUGGAGAAGAAGCGUUAGAAAUAUCUGCCAACACUUAUAUAGCACUUUAAGGAUGGCAAAGUGCUCUACAAAUAGCAUAUUAUUCGAUCCUCACCACAAACCUGGGAGGCUGGUGCUAUUAUCAUUCCCAUUUUUCAGAUGAGGAAGAUGAGACUAAGAGAAAUUAGUGAUUUCCCCAGGGCACACAGCUA